AUGUCCGAAUCCAACAACAUAAGUUCUCUAUACCCCCCACCUCCCCCAUACGUGCAGUUUUUCACUAAGCAAAACCUGGACAAACUGCCUCAAUACCGCUCUACACAUCCAGACCGCGAUCCUGGCACCAUAUCCUGUGAGCUAGACUUCCUCAUCCCACCCCCGGUUCCCAGUUUCGGCCAUUACAGGGCUUUUGGGAACAUAUGGCAGGUCAAAGAUAAACUGCCAGAUCUAGAAACUGUCGGGCUAAGCAAACUUUACGACGACUCAGGCCAAGAAGGUAACAACUACCAAUACAAAAUUAAAGAGCUGCAUAAACUCCUCAAGUCGUUGCUCUUAAACAUGCUAGAACUAGUCGGCAUCCUCGGCGUUAACCCAGAGCUCUUUCCACCAAAAGUAGAAAACAUCAGGACUAUACUGUUCAACAUACAUCACCUACUGAACGAAUACAGGCCCCACCAGUCCAGAGAAUCCCUGAUCAUGCUACUUGAGGAGCAAUUGGAGCAUAAGAAGAAAGAAAUCACACAUAUCAACGCCGUCUGCGACCUUGUAGAGACUAAGCUAAAGGAUAUGUGCCAACAGUACAUAGAUGACAAAUGA